GUGCUGUAGCAACCGACAGACAGCGAGGAAUAAGCUUAGUAAAAUUCUCGUUUUUUCCCUAAGAUUAUCACUUAAAGUGCCCAAGCUGAGACAUGAUAUUCCAACGUGUCCAGUUUUUACGCCAAGCCAAUGCAUUGAGGCAUUUGAAUAAGUUUACAUCACCGGCAACUUCAAGCCAAUUCAUAAAUACAAGAGAUUUACAUGUUGGACUGGAAGCCGAUAAAAGAUGUCAUCGUCCAUAUACAUCAAAAUUACCUUUAAUGGCUUUGGCUAUGCCCACAAUGGGUAUACGUUUCGCUAGUGCUGAGGCUGGUGCGGCAAGUGAAGCAGCUGGAAAGACCAUUAUCAAUCUGGCUGACAUACCUGCAGCACCAGCAAUACCAGAAAAUGCCGGGGAGGUUGCGGCAACAGCUUUAAAUGCCCUGGGUGAACCUACAUUUGCUUCCAUUGGUUUGGGCGGAUGGUCUCCGGUUGGCUUGGUUCAAAACUGCAUGGAGUUCCUACAUGUUUCAUGUGAUCUACCCUGGUGGGGAGCAAUUGCCAUUGGUACUGUGGUGGUGCGUACACUUAUUUUCCCCUUGGUUAUUAUGGCCCAACGUAAUGCUGCCAAAAUGAAUAAUAACAUGCCCCAGAUGCAAUUGCUACAAAUGAAAAUGACUGAGGCUCGGCAGUCGGGUAAUGCCAUAGAUUCAGCCCGCUAUGCCCAGGAGAUGAUGAUGUUCAUGAAGGAAAAGGAAAUGAAUCCAUUGAAGAAUCUUAUUGUUCCGCUGGCCCAGGCGCCUCUUUUCAUUUCCUUCUUUAUGGGCCUAAGAAGCAUGGCCAAUACGCCAGUAGAAUCAAUGAGAGAUGGUGGACUGUGGUGGUUCUCUGAUUUGACCAUAGCGGAUCCCACAUUUAUGCUGCCAGUCAUCACAAGUUUGACUCUGUUGUUGACUGUGGAAAUUGGCACAGACAGUGCUAGAUUAUCAGCGCAAAAUAUGGGUAUGAUGAAGUAUGUCUUGCGGGCAUUGCCCAUUGCCAUUUUCCCAUUUACGAUGAAUUUCCCUGCAGCCAUUUUAACAUAUUGGGCUUGCAGUAAUUUCAUUUCUUUGGGGCAGGUUGCAGUUCUGAAAAUUCCUUCCGUACGCGAAUAUUUCAAAAUCGAUAAAAUGGUUAUACACAAGGCGGAAAAUUUGCCGGUUAAGAAAAAGAAGUUUGUGGAAGGCAUGAAAGACUCUUGGCAAAAUAUGAAAAUCACCAAAGAAUUGGAAGAGCGUUCAAGAUUAGACGAAAUUCGAUUUGCUAAGGCUGGAAGAGGACCUUUGGUGAAAACUUUCAAAUAUGACCCUACUAAGCCACGACCCACGGGACCUACAGCCAGUAGUAUAGAAGCCAAGAAGAGUAGUUAAGCCCAUUAUAACUUGUAUUUUCUGUAAAUAAGGGAAUAAUGAUUGUUGUAUUAAUUUUUUUUAUUAGAAAUAAAACGACAAAAAAAAAACAAACGUUAACAAUUA